GCGCGGGGACGUAAACAUUACGAUCGCACCAGGCAGAAAAAGGAUUUAAUUGUAACUGUCGCUGUUGAUCACCGUUUGGCACAAUAAAAGCAAAAAGGCAAGCUUUAAAAAAUAGCGUGGAACAUUUUUGGUCGUGAAAAUGAGCAACAUAUACAUUCAAGAACCACCCACCAACGGGAAGGUCUUGUUAAAGACCUCAGGUGGUGACAUUGACAUCGAGUUGUGGUCCAAGGAAGCUCCGAAAGCCUGUCGGAACUUCGUGCAGCUGUGCAUGGAAGGUUACUACGACGGGACAAUAUUUCACAGGGUGGUGCCGGAAUUCAUCAUCCAGGGCGGAGAUCCAACCGGGACGGGGACCGGCGGAGAGUCCAUCUACGGGAUGCCGUUCAAGGAUGAGUUCCACACCAGACUGCGCUUCAACCGGAGAGGUUUGGUGGCCAUGGCCAACGCCGGGACGCACGACAACGGCAGCCAGUUCUUCUUCACUCUGGGACGGGCCGACGAGCUGAACAACAAGCACACUAUUUUCGCCAAAGUGACCGGAGACACCCUCUACAACAUGCUCAGGUUGGCGGACGUGGAAUGCGACAGCAACGAAAGACCUUUGAAUCCCCACAAGAUAAGAACUGCCGAGGUGCUGCAUUGCCCUUUUGAUGACAUUGAGCCACGUGAAACCAAGAAAACCAAAAAGGAAAAAGACAAAGAAGAAGGAAAGAAAUCACAGUCAAAAGCCACAAAGAACUUCAGCCUGCUGUCGUUUGGCGAGGAGGCCGAAGAAGACGAGGAGAUGGUCAACCAAGUCAGUGAGAGCCUGAAAGGAAAGAGCAAAAGCAGCCACGACCUCCUGAAGGACGAUCCCAGACUCAGCUCCGUUCCCGUCCUCGAUAAAGGAGCGAAGACGUCCGGAGACGAAGCGGAGGACGACGGCGAGGGCCAGAAGGCCAGCGAGCUGGUCAGGGCCAAGCUGAAGAAGGACAAAAGCGCCGGAAAAGCCGGCGAGCCUGAACCCGAAGACGAGGAGCGGGGGAAGAAGAGCAGCCGCAGCGAGGAGUUGCGCAAGGAAGUCCGCCAGUUGAAGAAGGAGCUGAGGGCGUUGAAGCAAAGAGAAGAUGGCCCGAAGCCCGCCGCCGAUGAAGUCAAGGAGGAGAGCAAAAAGCCGAGCAGCGAGGCCGUCGCCGAGUAUCUGGAGGAGAGGAAGAAGUACGAGGAGCGGAAGAAAGACGGGCGCAAGAAAGGCUCGGGCAGAGAAGAACAGACGAUGGAGCUGCUCAACCGUUUCAAGUCCAAGCUGACGUCAGCCAUCAGUGAAGCCCCCGAGGAGGAGGAGGACGAGGAAGAACUGGACGAGGACGACGACAGAGGAUGGCUGGGCCACGUGCUGCACUUCGACGAGCAGUCCCGCAAGGUCAAAGACGCCAACAUGCAGGACGAAGACACCUUCGAGAUCUACGACCCGCGGAACCCCGUCAACAAGCGGCGGCGGGAGGAGAGCAAAAAGAUCAUGAAGGACAAGAAGGCCAAGAGGUGAGGUCGUGCGUGGAUUUGGGACGCGACCGCGAUCGGAAACUUUUGGACCGCAGCUCCGAGUCAGAGUGUUUUGUUUUUGUGAUGACCAAGGUGACGAUAAACAUAAACGAUAAACUGUAACGACUAACGAUUGAUGACGGCGUGAUCAGUUUUGGUCCUUUUCUCUUGCUUGCGGUCUUGCUCCGGUGAACCCUCAGUUUUUCCGAUUCUUCGUUAGCAACACCGCUAAUCCCAGAUUUUUUUUUUUUAAAAGGGGAGACUUUGCAGUUUGAAACAUGGUCAUAUAUGUUUAAACUGGCUGUAUAUUAUUAAAAUGAAUUUUUGAAAAAUCA